CUUGUCUUUGUGUAGGUGCACCCUAGGACCUGUAUAUAAUUGCCUUUUUACACUUUGGCACAUCGCUGCAUAAAACCUCAAAACAUUAUUUGCACUGAGUAGUGGAGGCAGACAGGUAUUCGGAUGUAAAAGUUCUGUACGAAUGCCAAUAUAAAGUGCUGAGUUUGGAAUGUGUUUGGAAUGAAGGGCAUUCACUUGGUUAACUCUUGGUGAUUAUAACUUUUCUGCAUUUCGUUUUCCUUGUUUUCUCAGAAAAGAAUUCCAGUGCGCAGAAUCCUGUCUGCCAUGCAUAUCAUACGUGAAGAGUUCGGUGUUUAACUUACCUUUGUGAUUGUCGUCUUGUCCAGGGCCUGUCCAGAGAAAAAAAGGUGAAGUGUGACUGACGAGGGACACAAUGCGAUGACAGACUUCAGCAUGAACUGAUCUCUCGCUGUCUCCACCUCCACCACCCAUACAGUUGCCUUCUGCAAAACCUCUGACGACACACAUCGUUGAUAUGUACCACGUGACGCCUUAUAACCCUUGACCUGCAAGAAAUGCGACUAUCGCUGUUUCCAGUUAUCCACGUUGUUCUCUCCUUGUUAUCCUGGGUGACGUCAUCAGCAAAGGGGGAAGAACUCCUGCCCCCUUACUGCAACUGGCGCAUGAGGAGAUGAACCUUCAGCACGAUGAUGACCCUUACCUCCCGACCUUUCUGCCCACGCCCAACAACGUCACCUUCCUGUCCGGCGAGGAGGCGGUGCUGCAAUGCGCCAUCGAGAACCGAGGCACGCGCACUAUCGUCUGGCGGCGUGCCUCGGAGCCCAACCCCCUCACCAUCGGCGAGGACACGUUCGUGGGGGACAAGCGCUUCUACGUGCGGCACCGCAAGCACUCCCUGGAGUGGAACCUUCACAUCCGGGAGGCCACGCCCCAGGACAGCGGUGUGUACGAGUGCCAGGUCAUCACGCGGUCACGUGACAUCCGUCAGAUGGUCCUCCUUCGCAUUGACGACACUCCAUUCAUACCGCCACAGAAACCAGACAUUCAGAUUAGCGGGUCACAGUUCGUGGAGAAGGGCAACACCCUGACUUUGACCUGCAACGCCACGGGCUUUGAUUACCCGCCAGAUGAGUUGGACUGGUUCAAAGACGGCCUGAAGCUGACCUCUGACCUCCGUCGCACCCUUCGCAAAGAUGUGUCUCUAGCAGACAAAACGAUUGUCAGCAAGCUGCAGGUUGCCCGGGCGACAAUGGCGGACGCCGGAACCUACGUCUGCAGGGCUUCCGAUAUGCAGGUCACUUCCGCUAAGGUCAACGUACUCAACAGUGAGUCCACUGACACAGUCAACGAAAAACGAGAAUCCAAAGACCAGUCCACCCUCUGGCCGUUCGGAUCGCGGGGAGGCGUAGGCGGUCCGUUGAUGUUCAACGCAGUCGUCCUCCUGCUGUGCGUCGCCCUCGCACUCUGCGCCUCGUGACGUCACACUGGUGCUGGUCAGGCGGCUUGGUCAUGCGCAGCUCGGUGCGGUGCAGUCGACGUGAGACUAGGCGCGGAGCCUCUCUCAGGCAGCAAGCACUUCGGAGACACAGUGACCUGCUUGUGGGGGCAUGGGUUGUCGCUGGAGACCUGAGACCUAGGGCAUACUUAGAAAACAAGCAACAGGUGUUCCAUUUCUACCAAGUCUGUGAUUACCACAAAGCACAUUGCCUCGCACGUGAUAGACCCCUCCAGGGGCCCAAGUGCCUCGGCCGACCCUCCCGCACAGAAAUGUGAAAUGUUCAUGAAGAGGUCACAGAAAGUUUCCGACAGUUGGAUUACCUCUCCGAUGCCGGCAAUUAAGGAGUAAAGCCUCUCGCUGGCAUAUUCCAAACAUCCAUUAAAUAGCUAUUUGUGUGUGUAUGUGUGUGUGGCUUGUGCACCUCUGGGAAUGGAGAGGUUUUUUCGCCGAAAGAUUUGAUGAAAGACCGAGAGCUGCGUAUUCAUGGAAUGCUCGAUGUAAUCGUGCAGUGUUUGUGUGACAAAUAGUCUGGGUUGGGGUGACCCAGGGCAGAAAACCCUCCUGGAAAUACUCACGGAGUUAGUACACGUGCACCGAGGAGGAGAACUAAAGAGAUUUUGUGUGUCCGACGUUUGUUGAGACAAACUUUUGGACCUCGCUUUGAAAACAACCUGCACGCGCAUGCGCUCUCUGAAGAGUGUGAGCUGUGUUCAGGCGGUGGAAGCUCUGUGGCCGUGGAGUAAAAGCCUUUCAUCCCCUGUCAGCUUCAUCUUAGUGCGAGGCUUGUCGGCACUGGGACCCACAGACCUACUGUCUCCAACAUCCUCCACACCGGCACCCUGACGACGGCAGCGCUAUGGUGGCUGGGGUCCACGCUUGACUUCAACUGAUGUGGGUUUUAUUUCUUUGCACUAACGCUUUCUAUUCCGAACGGUUAGUUAGCUUCGGUGGAGGGCUGACAGCCUGUAAGGCGACAAGAAAACACUGAGAAACACAAACAACACAAUCGAAAGCGUUGACGAAAUUUUCAAGCGAAUGAUUCGCCGAGGAAAGAAACAAAGCGGAGGAGGAGCCGAGAGCACUUUGUGGACGUGCAUUUUUUUAAUUUUUUUUUAAAUAACAACGACCCCAUCGCGUCGUAGGGUGUACGUGUUUUUAUUUUUAAAUAUUUUUAAUUUUGUACAAGAAAGUGGAGGGUUCAGCUAGUGCGCUGUAAUAUUUAAAUAUUCGUUUUUAUCGGGUAGUCAGUGCAGUAGAUCACAGACAGCAAACGCAUUGAUAUUAUUCCAUUCACUAGAAAUGUUUCUUGACAGAAGCACACGAGGCUUCAGGCAAUUGCUUGUUUUGUUUGUUUUUUGUUUUUUGUCAUGCCUUGGAAUUUUCGUUUUUGAUUGUUUUUGACGACAGACUUACUCUCAGGUGGUUUUUAUGUAUUGUAGAUGCCUUUGCUUAAUGUUUACUUUAAAAUGUUGACAAGAACUUUAUAAAAUAUUGGGCGGAAGUGACAUGACUGCCGCGUCUUGUUCCUGUGAUGUAACAGCUGCUGUGUGUAGGUUGAGACAAAUUGUCUCCUGUACAUCCCCAUGUUUUUAUUUUUUUUUCUGCUUCAUCUUCUCUUCUUCCUUCUUGAAUUAAUUCCUGGUGGCUUCAUGCCGCGGAGCGUAUCUGUUAUUGAUUCUGUUAUUGAUUUUUUAAACUGAACAUGGUGAUCGCCACUAAAGUAAAUCUUCAUGAGGUAUCUAGUGCAAGAUGAUGAUGAUGACGGAUUCCAGAAAAAAGUGAUUAAAGGUUGUGAUGGUUGAUAGCGCCGACUGUAAGGCUGUAGUCAUGAAAGAGAUAUCACGAUAUAACAAAUGAGGAAAUACAAAUAUUACAAUAAGAAACAUGUCUUAAGCAACACUUGACUCCCGCUUAUAAAAUUUUUUGGAAGGAAUUUUUAAAAAUAAAACACAUAA